CGGGGCGCGGCGCCAGCGGGGACUACAGCUCCCGGCAUGCCCCGCGGGGACUACAGCUCCCGGUAUGCCCUGCGGCGGGAGGGCGGGAAGGCGGGUGUGGGCUGUCAGCUCCGUGUCGCGCCGCUGAGAUAAAUGGACUAUAAGAAAAUCGCAGAUGAAGUUUCAGAAAAACUUUUAUCAUACAGUCAAGAUACUUCAGGAUGGAGGGUGAUAAAAGUCUCAAAAAAUGUUACGGUUUCUUCCAAGCCUUCAAAAGAGUAUGCGGGAAAUAUAUACCGCGGAGAAGGGAUAAUUAAGGAAGUCCCCAGUAAAAUCAUUCCUUUUAUGUAUCUUCCUGAAUAUCGAAGCAAAUGGGACAAAGCAUUAAAAUCUUACAAGCUGUUAGAAAGCAUUGACCAGGACACUGGUCUAUACCACAGCGUAACCCACAGUUACGGUAUGGGGCUGAUUUCAUCCCGGGAUUUUGUUGACCUGCUGCAUGUUAAACCAUACCCUGGUGAUGUCCUUACAACUAACUCUGUCAGCGUGGAAUAUUCCGGCUGCCCCCCAACUCCCUCCUGUGUCCGGGGCUACAACAAUCCCUGUGGAUACGUCUGCUCACCUUUGCCUGAGAAUCCCGAGCACUCCAAGCUAGUUGUAUUUAUUCAGCCAGAACUGGGAGGAAUGCUGCCCUGUUCGUUAGUGGAAUCAGUGUUACCGACCACGCUCAUAAACCUCAUCACCGAUACCAGAGCUGGACUGAAAGCCUUGAAAGAUCAGAACUAAAUGUAAGUGGGAAAUAACAAGCACAAGUCACCUGCAUCUUUGACUUGGAUUCAUUUUUAAAGUAGAUGAUGACGUUUUAUUUUGUGUGAUAUGUGGAAAUGUCUAAAGCUUAACUGUUAAAAUGGUUCUUGGGAAUGAUGUGAAAAUUUACGCUGAAGCGCCACCAAAGUACAGGCCAGUGCUUUCAAUGUAAUCAGGUGAUGGUUUGUAAUAUUUUUGCACUUUAUAUGCAGAGGAUAUAUAUAUUCCCGUGAGAAUCUGGUGAUAUAGCAAUGUUAAAAUACAGUAGUCAAUAUUUUGCCAUAGCUUUAAACGUACUUUGAUAGAUUCUUACCUCAAUUAUGCACUCGACUGAAAGAAGCAAACAUCUCAUGUACUAGAGGCUUUAAACACGUUUAUUAACUACAAGUGUGCAACUCUAAUUAGCGACUGUUUCACUGUUUUGGAAUUAUUUGAAGAAAAGCCUGAUUAAUUUGUAGAUAGCAUCUCAUUAAAAGCUGCUCUUUGUA